AAUAAUAGUCAAUAUGGAAACCUCCAGUAAUCAGAGUUGUUUUCCUGAUGAAAAUGUCAGUGCAAGUACAUCUCAGAGUACCACUGGGUCGUGUAACAUGUGUCUCAAUGCAGAGGCAAAGUACACCUGUCCACGGUGCUGCGUGCGCUACUGCUCAAUCACAUGUUAUAAAGAUAAGAAGCACGAGUCUUGUUCAGAGCAGUUUUACAAAGAUUGUUGUAUGCAAGAGCUGAACCAGUUUAAAGUAAGUCCUGAUAAUAAAUCAAAGAUGGUAGAUAUCCUCAAACGGCUUCAUGAAGAGGAAAAAGAAGCAGGAGAUUUUGAGUCAGCUAAUGAGCAGCCAGAUAUUGAGGACAGGUUAGCAGGGCUCAACUUGGACACAGAUUCUGAUGAAAUCUGGAAUAGGCUGACCCCAGAGGAAAGGAACGAGUUUGAAAGUCUUGUAAAUGCUUCCAAAUUGGAGAGACUUGUCGAGAUUUGGGAACCCUGGUGGAACAAGCAGGACCAAACCCUAAUACAAGAUGUUGAAAAAAAUGUUUUGGAAGAAUUGCUCGAGAGGUGCCCCGAGAUUCCUAAAACCAUUCCAAAAAUUGGACAACUUCUUCGGAUGAAACCAUCACAGUUGCUUGGGAAUAACAUCGUUGCCACCCUGUAUGCAUAUGCAUACAUUGCCAGACUAUACAAUGGUGACUACAUCUCUUUAGCGGUGCAAGCUGCUGAAACCAUGUUGAAUCUGUGCAAAGUCCUGUCAAGUGGUUACAACUAUAGUACUGUCAGUGAAGCACUUAUUGCAAGUGUGGAUUCCAGUUCUCAGAGUGCCAGGCUUAACAGUCGGGAAUAUUCCACAGCAAUUGUUCUUGAUGUAUGUAGAAUUAUGGAAGGACCUAGCAAAGACAUGCCACUGCACUAUAUCAUAGCUUCACUCUCAGAGAUCCACAACCUUUUCACAAUUGCCAAGAAAUCGUUGAAAACGGCUAAAAUUCAGGGUGGCACAUCAGAAGAAAAUGCACUUUUAAAAAAGAAAUGUGGAGUUAUCUUGAAGAAGCUGGACUUCUACCUCAGCUGGGUCCAAGACUAUGGAUUAGAACUCCAGGGACUACUUCCAGAUAUCCAAAUUCAACAUAAAUUGAUGGAAGUGGAUAUGUUUGCAAUUCAGGAGCAGCAAAAGCAGGUCGAAAAGUGUAUGGCAGACUUAAAACCAGUAUGUGUAGAACAUAAACUUAUUGAAGAAUUGUGAGGUUCAUAUUUAAUAUCCAUUGAUUGUGUCGCAAAUAUAGAGGAACUCUUUGGGACACCUAUUAAAGUUAUCGAACUUAUCAAAGUAAUUGCUACCAUAUUAUCAAGAGCGUAUUAAGAAGAAGAGCGUACAUUGGUGAAAUGCUGAAACCAUGUUGCAGUAUUAGUUGAAUUAAGAAACUUUGCUUGUCUUAUUUUCCUUGCGGUAGUAUUGAUCAGCUGUCCUACAUUACUAAUAUAAAACAAACCGAUUGUCCCUACGAUGCUCCUACACUGAGAUAAUGAGCGAUGAAAAUUUGGUAUUUUUGCCGCAAACCGACUCGAGAUUCCUGUUGGCUGUGACCCUCUCUCGUGUUGUGGCCAGUAUGUUGCUUCCGGUCGCCGCUGUGUAGCGCCAUGGUAGCGCUGAGUCAUUACGUCAGUACU